UUUCAAUGAGGAUCUUCAAUUUCUUAAUUAAAACAUGCCAAAUAAACUUGCUAAAGAAACCAAUGACCGAUACAUCUAGUUAGUGUCAUUCAAGUGAAAUUUCAGUGAAUAUUAUGUCAUGUUUAGUCAAUAAUGGUUAUUUUAUUCAUAUAAUUGAAGACUUUUGUGUUAUUAAAUGAUAGUGGGAGUUAAUAAUUUUCAGCUGAAUAAAGUGAGAGCUUGCGAGUGUAUAUAUUUUGGAAAUUUAAGGGUAAUAUGUCCCGUCAUCCCCAAUAUGAAUAUGAAUAUCCUGCGAAUUACGAACAAGAUUAUUAUAUAGACGAGCAUGAAGGAUUCAUAGCCGAUUAUUCUGAUAGCGAUUGUUUAGCCGAUUUACCGCCACAGAAUUUACAUACUGUACCGAUAUCUUCACAUGUAAGCGAUAUAUAUGGCGAGGAUUCAACUAUAGUACCAGUUAAAGUAGUACCUUUGAAUAAAGCGACAAAAUUGGUUUCUAAACAACAUUCUGAAAAGUUUAUUCAAAAAUCGUACUGUGAUAGAAAUAUGAUGAACCAGUCGAGUGUACCAAUAUCCAGACCUUGUUAUUCCGACGUACGCGACCAUUCUACUUGUUUUUACCCUGUAUCCACGGCAUCACAACACGAUGCUAAUUACGGUACGAAAGCAUUCCGAAGUGCAUAUCAUAAUUACGAAAAUAUCGAACAUUUCAAUUGUCAAAAUUGUCACCCCCCAAAGCCGAUGAACCACAAAAGACUUCCAAUUACUGUAAGAACCCCAAAAUAUUACAGGAAAUCCUUGACGACAGGUGUGUUCAAGAGACCUUCAGCUCUUUGUUUACCCGUCGCCGUCCAACCCGAUCCCAAUGUAAUUCGUCGACCAAAGAAAUCUACGCUCACCGAAAAUGUUUAUGGAAACCAAGAAACGCAGGUGAUAAAGCCAGUCGCAGGUACACCGAUGCUGAAAAAAAUGAGCAAGGAAGAAUUUCCUCAUCAUGUCGAUUCUCAAGGAGAUUUGAAUAAAAAUGUUGAAACGACGAAUAAAUCUUUUGACGAUUACGUGGAGCAGAUGGAAAAAACUAAAUGCCGAAAAAAAGCAUACGUCAAACCGGAUAUGACUAAAAUCGCAAAGCUAUUAAAGCCAAGAAUCCCGGCCACUAUUAAAGCUCGCCAAGAAAAAUCGAAGGCAAAAACGAUGGGUAUAAACAGAAAAUCUAAUUUGGAAAAAGCAGACAAUGAAACGAAGAAACAAAAUAAUAAAGACGUAUACGAAGUUGAUCAAAUUUCUCUUGAAAAGCUACUAAAUCAGCUCAAGAAAUGUGAGAUAACAACCGAUAAAGAAGCGCCAAAGAAAGAAGGGGAAGUAGUAAAUAAAACUGAGAAACAGGCGAAAGAGAGUAAAAGCGAAAAAGAAAAUAGCGACAGAAAAAGUGAGAAUACGGAUGACGAGAAAUUUGAUUUGAGAAGUUUCAACUAUCAAGACAUAACACAAAAUUUAUUCAGGUCGCAAUGCGACUUCAGAGAAAAUUCAGAAUCUGUUGCAAGCAUACAGGAUAUCACCAAAAAGUUAACAUCCACUACCGUUCGCCCCCAACCGCUGAAUACUAUAAAACCCCUAGACGACCAUUGUGCUUUGGAAUUACAUAAAUCUAAGAGUUAUAUAGUCAAUUUGAUUGACAGGGCUUUGAGUAAGGAAUUGGGAACUGUUCCAGGAGACAGAAAUCGAAAUGAGUUUGAAGCAAUGAAUCCAAAAAAAGCCAUAGAAACCGUAAAUAGACACCUAGCAAGAUCAGACAGGGAUCUUUCUGUGAAAAUAACAAACGCUUUAACUGAUUCCCUCAUAUCAAAUGUCACCUCACGUGAACUGGAUGAAGAUCGAGAAGAAAAGGAGAAGCUGUGCCGUUGCCAGUCGAACACAGUAGAAGAGCCAAUAUACAUAAAACAAUUGAAGCAGUUGAGGUGGGGUCAUCUGAAACAUAUACAACGGGAAGUCAAAAGAUUAGAAGACUUAGAACGAUUUUUAGAUUCUUGUUCAAUCACCACUAUACCAGAAUUGUAAAUUAUAUUAAUAAAGAUUGGAUGUAAAAAGA